AAAAACGGUUAGUCGUGUGAUUGGUAUUUCAAUUUCAAAUUUCCGUAUCAACAAUACAGUAUAAUGCUUUUUGAGCAAAUUAUUCUGGUGAAAUGUUGGUUUUUAUUGGUUUUUUGGAUGCCAAAUAGUAUUGCAAGUUUAUCAAAUUUUUCUGAAUUAUAUGAAGAGGUUGAGAAGUUGAUAACAAAUUUUGAUACAUAUCAAAUUCCCAAAAAUAAUGAUGAAUAUUUUUCGAAUAACAAUUAUUACUCUAAUGAAGAAGAUUAUGGAACAUAUGAUUUUAUAGUUAUUGGAGGAGGAACUGCAGGUGGAGUUCUAGCCAAUAGAUUAACAGAAGAAAAUUGGUCAGUUCUAUUAGUAGAAGCUGGUCCUCCAGAACCAGAUACUUCAUCGAUACUCGGCCUUAAUGGAUAUCUUGGCCGAAGUAUUUGGAGUUGGGGAUAUAAUACGACUACACAAAAACAUGCUUGUUUUGCCUCAGAUAAUCGACAAUGUUUUUAUCCAAGAGGUAGAAUGUUGGGAGGCUGUAGCAGCCUUAAUGGAGGAUUGUAUGCGAGAGGUCAUCCAAAAGACUAUGACAAAUGGGCAUCUGGAUGGUCCUACAAAGAUGUUUUACCAUAUUUUAAAAAAUCCGAACGAGCUGAGUUUACAAUAGAUAUAGACCGUAGCUAUCAUGGAUUUGAAGGACCUCAAAGCAUUGAUGUUCCUGAAGAUACACCAGGAUUGACGGUAGAUUUGAUAAAUAGUUUCAAAGAGCUGGGAGCCAGAGAAUUGGAUUAUAACGGUGAAAGCUCAUACGGAAUAAGUAGAUUUCAAGUAUAUUUAGACAAAAAUAUUCGCUCUAGUACAGCAUACGCUUAUAUAAGACCAGCUGAGAAUCGUUCCAAUCUUCACAUAACUACAAAUUCUUUCGUAACAAAAAUUGAUAUAAAGCAGAAUAGAGCAAGAGGAAUCACAUUUGUUAAGAAUGGUCAAGUAUAUACUGCAACAGCAUCUAAGGAAGUUAUUGUUUCAGCUGGUGCUAUAAAUUCUCCCCAAAUAUUGAUGCUGUCUGGUAUUGGGCCGGUCAAAGAACUCCGAAAACACAAGAUAAAAGUGAUUAAAAAUUUACCAGUAGGCAAAUAUUUUCAGGAUCAUAUGUUUUUUGCAGGAUUGUAUUACAGAACAGAUCAUGUAUAUUAUAACUUAACUUUGGAAGAACAAUUAAGACUCUGGUACAAAAACAAGCGACCAUUAGUUGCUGCAACUGGAUUUCAAUUAGUCACUUAUUACAAUUUACAGAAUGAUACCAAUGAAAGGCCAGAUAUUGAAAUCCUUGUUUCUGGUCCUCCUGCUGCAGGCAGUAACUGGGGAGCUAUUCAAGGGUACAAUAAGAAAUACACUGACAUUUUUAAAUCUCUCAAUGGGCUAACUGAUUUUAUGAUUUGGGUAAUGUUGUUACAUCCUAAAUCCAUGGGAGAAGUAACACUCAAAUCUAAAAAUCCAAGUGAUUUUCCUCUAAUCAAUACAAAUUAUCUUGCCAAUGAGAAGGACGUGGACACUAUUUAUGAGGGAGUUCAAAGAGUACUAGAAGUGACAAAAACCAAAGCGUUCGAAAAUAUUGGUAUUCAAAUGUUAGAUUUGCCAAUGCCCGGUUGCGAUGAGUUGCACAGCAAGUUUUCCAGAAAAUGGUGGCACUGUUCUAUAAGAUAUUUAUCAACCACUGUGUAUCAUCCCAUUGGCACAGCCAGAAUGGGCAAAAGCUGCAAAAACUCGGUAGUUGACUCGGAAUUAAAAGUUCAUGGAAUUGACGGACUCAGAGUCGUCGAUGCUAGUGUUAUCCCAGAUCAUAUUUCUGGUCAUCUAAACGCACCUACUGUGAUGCUUGCCGAAAAAAUAUCAGAUAUCAUUAAAAAUGAAUAUAGCGGAAAUAAUUAAUUUAAAUUAGUGUUUGUUCAGUAUAAACUGGAACUUUGUGAUAAUUUUAAACUUGUAACUAGUUCUGUGUGCUAUUAGACCCUGAGAUAGGGCCUGUUUAGUGGAGUCAUUUUUUUUUUGUCUGGCAUUUUGAGGGAUGAAUGUGACUAGUUAGCUGAUGAGAAUAUAAGUGGUUUUAAUGCCUGCCCCCUGUUCGAAAUGUCCACAGAAUGAACUUCGUUGGCCAGUCAGAAACAACUACUCCCAGGGCAAAUACCCCUACCGACGUUGAACUACACUGAUUGUUCUGAGCUUUCGU